AUGUGGCUGUUUGCAAACAUGAAGUUCUGGUACAGACUGGUCAGUCUGCUGCUGAUGGCUGUCGUUUCGGUGGGCAUCCUCAUCAGCUUGUCCUUCAACAUCCAUCGAUCGCAGCUAGAGCGCCAACACAGUCUGAUGCCUAGGAGCAGGGACCGGAGGGCCGAUUUCAAGGUGCACGUGAAACGUCUGUUGAGGCGAGGACAGCUGGAGAUAACCCUGGGAGGCUGGGUGAUGCCUGACGAGGCCAGCAGCCACUACAUCUCGGUGAUUGACCAGCUGAUUGAAGGACAUCAGUGGCUGUGGGAAAACCUGGGGGUCCGACCAGAAAACAGUUGGUCAAUCGACCCGUUUGGCCACUCGAGCACUAUGCCGUACUUGUGGAAACGUUCUGGCAUGACCAACAUGGCAUCAUUAAUAAAAGAAAAAGCUUUAGAAUUUAACUGGCGUCAAAUGUGGGACAUGACCGGCUCCACUGAUAUCUUCUGCCAUGUCAUGCCCUACAUGUUAUACAACAUCAAGUACACUUGUGGGCCUAACACCUUCUCAUGUCUGCACUUUGAUUUCCGAGCCAUCCACGGAGAGACGUCCGAGUCACUAGCCACGGAAGUUACCGAUGGCAACGUGGAGAGCAGUGCGGAGAUGCUCUACCGUCAGUACAGGGCUAAGGCCAAUUAUUUCCGCUACAACACAAUUCUGGUGCCCAUUGGUGAUGACUUCCGCUACGACAGGGAGGUCGAAUGGGAUCAACAGUACAACAAUUAUCAGAAGCUAAUUCAGUUCAUGAAUUCUAAGCCUGAAUGGAACAUUCACGUCCAAUGGGGCACUCUGAAACAUUACUUCCAGAAUGUUGAGGAUGAACGCAACAAACGGAAAUUCCUGGACAAAAAUGAUGACCCUCCAGUUCUUAGCGGUGACUUCUUUCCAUACUCAGAUAAAGACAUGGCCUAUUGGACUGGCUACUUUUCUACUCGUCCAUUUGACAAAUACUUGAGUCGUGAACUUCAGUCCAUUCUCCAGGCGGCAGACAUUCUCAACACUUUAUACUAUGCUGUUAGUAAAAGAAAGAAUGGCAAAUCGGAGGUUCAUUUUUCAACCCAGGCUUCACUUCUACAACAAGCUAGAAGAGCUCUGGGGCUUUUUCUCCACCAUGACGCCAUAACGGGCACUUCUAAAUCUUUUGUGGUGGAAGAUUAUGAGCAGAACCUCUUUAGGGCUCUUGAGAAUGUUCGUGACGUCAUGAAGUUCCUUAUUCAGUCACUGUUGUCUGAUGGUCAAGUGGAGUCACCAGUGGUGUUUCAACCAGAAACGGCCAGAAAGCAUUACCAAGGGCUUCCGCAGAAACAGCUGAUUUCUGUGGCAGAAUCUGGAACAACUGUGGCUUUCUUCAACUCUCUAGCUCAUCCACGGCAGCAGGUUGUCCAUCUGCUAGUGGACACUCAUCAUGUGGUGGUCAUGUCCAGCACAGCCGAGGUGAUUUCUAUUGAAAUUAGUCCUGAAUGGAGCAAAGGGCAAGAGUCUGUGAUAAUAGAAAAUAUAUUUGAAUUAUCGUUUAUAGCUGACAUUAGUCCAUUUGCCAUUACAUCGUACACUUUGUACAGAAGAACUCCCCCGCCUCUUUCAGUACAUUUAAAGUCCAUAGAAGUCAUUAACAGUCCCAGAGGGAAAGUACACAGCUCUGUACAUUUUCCUGCAAGCAGCUUAAGGGUCAAGAAAACAGACCCGAUAAAAAUUGACAAUCAAGUAAUUCAGCUGACCUUUGACCCAAACACUGGAUCCUUGUUUGAGGUAAAGGACAUGGUGACUGGAAGAGAACACCAGCUUAACAUCAGUUUCCAAGUCUACCAGUCUCGAGGCAGCGGAGCUUAUCUCUUCUCUCCAAAAGAAGCGGCCACACCUUUGUUCUCCAACAUUCCAACCAUGACCAUCUCCAGGGGCUCGCUGACAACAACUGUUGUUGUAGACUUUGGCCAGCAAGUGGUUCAUACAGUCACCCUGUACCACAAGCCUUCACAGCUGGCUGCAGCCAUAUUUAUUGAAAACCUGGUGAACAUUGAUCAGCUGAAGGACAAGGAGGUGGUCAUGCGACUAGACACAGACAUCGACAACCAUGAUCUCUCCUACUUCACUGACCAAAAUGCCUUCCAAUUUAUUCGCCGUCGUACCAACAAAGAUCUGCCUAUAGAAGCCAAUUAUUACCCUAUAACAUCAGGUGUGGUCCUGGAAGAUCCCACAUCAAGACUUACCUUGUUGACUGCUCAACCUCACGGAGUUGCCUGUCUAGCUAUUGGCCAGGUGGAGCUGAUGCUUGACCGACAACUUGUCAUGGAUGAUAAGCGUGGGCUGGGCGAGGGAGUCACAGACAUCAAACCCACCAUCAGCAGGUUCGUCAUCAUGAUGGAACAGAUAACUCUAUCGGAGUCAUCUACAACAUCCUCAUCUUAUCAUACAUCCCUGUCUCUGGCAUCUCUUGGUGUCUCAGACAUGCUGCAGCAACCAUUACUGUCUUUCUUCACCAACGUUAACACAACCAUAUUCUCCAGGACGGUUUCCUUGCUAUCAUCUCCUGUACCAUGUGAUCUCAGCAUCAUUAGCUUUCGUAGUCUAACCACAGGCAGCUUGGACUACAAUGGCACCAGUCUCAUGCUUCACCGCCGUGGCUACGACUGCAGUUUCCCAUCGAACAAUCACCUGUGCUCACUGGCCGAGUAUCCACUGACCUUUGGCACUCUGCUCACAAAAUUUAACCUAUCAAACAUUUACGAAACUUCGCUGACCCUGACCUCGAACAAAAGGCCAGUUAGCCCCACAGACAAGAUCUCCAUAGCUCCUAUGGAAAUUGCAACAUUCCAUUUUCAUUUUUAA